UCACAUACAUGUGAUAUGUUUGAAAAUAGUCUCACUACUAAAGCUGACAUUGUUAUCCAAAAUCUUUAGUAACAUACGGUGUUUUUUAAAUCACAGUCAACUGCUGUGUACUAGUUGUUUAAACUCAGUGUUACUGAUACAAGAAUAGUCAUUCGCAUUUUCGAAAAGUGAUUACAAGAUCAAUGAGAUGAAGUGAAGUUAUUUUCACAAUCUAAAAAAGAAAAUAGCAGAUAAAACUUAUCUAUUAUGGUUUUCUGAUGCGUCGGUUGUUAUUCUCUUCCAUCCCUUAAUGAGUGAAAGGAUGAGGGAUACGUUUGCGUUUAUUUGUGUACAGCAUAUAAGUUGAUUUAGAAAAAAACCGAAAUGGAUUUUUAAUAUUAGUUUUUUGAAAUAAGAGCAAGCACUUAUAAAUAUUUGUUGUAUAGCUCAAUACAUUUUUAGUGCCUAAAAAUGUGAUAAAAGCAACUAAUGGAAUGGAUCAGAUAGAAAUGUCAAUAGUGUAUCUAUGAGUUCAUUGAAAAUGACAAACGAACUUUAAGGUUAUUAUCAACCGAGUCAUUUUUCGAUUCCGCUAAUAAUUUUUUUUGAGUUGGUAGAAGAUAAAUUUAAUGUUAAAAUCGUUUUGGGAACCAAGGGAAAUAUGACAUUAUUGAAUUACUGUUUAUUCUGUGUUGGGUCUCCGACUCAUUGACAAAUGAUAACGUCAAGAGGGAACAAUCCAAACGGUUGCGAGUCUUGUGUUGAGCACGUUAUUAGAUUUCCAUUAUUCCAAAUUUUAUAGUUUCUCAGUAGCGUCAUAAAUGAUCCUUGAAUCUUUCUAUAUUUAUCUAAACAGUGGACUUUUCUUAACCACUUGGUAUUUUUCGAACUAUUAUAGGUGACACAAAUAACUCGGCCAAAUGUUACAUAUAACAAAUAAAAAUGAGAGUAAAUUGUUUUUUUUUUAAUAUUCAAAAAUCUGUAACUAGCCAUAAAGUGUUCCGAUAAAGAGCCCGUCGUAAUGAGACUUUACAGUGGACAGCAAAGCGUGUCAAUUAUCUAUGAUCUUCACAGAGAUUAUUACCCAUCGUCCAUACAACAACGUCGGAGUUUUAAUAAUAUCACAAUUGUCCCAGUUGAAAAACGACAGAGACGUUUAUCAUUUCGAAAAGACAAUCAAAUUUCACUGGAAGCAAUUCAGCAUGAAAUCAACCUGUCAAAGAAAACGCAUUCAUUUUGCUUGACUCUACCAGCAAUUACAAUAGACAGUCGAAAAGUUGUGCGCAAACUUUCCGAUAAUACUGUUAAUUACAGACCAAUGAGAAGCUGCAAUUUGAGUUAUGGAUUCAUCCUGUCUGAGGAGACUUCAAAUAAUGGAGACGAUCAUUCUAGUAAAUCCAGAAAACCUCGUUCAUUCGCUUCUUCAAGUUCAUCAAUAUCCAUAUCAGGAUCUGUCCCAGCUUCAACAUCAUCAUCAUCAUUUAAUCAAAGAAAACAUGUAGUAAAAGAAUUAGUGAAAACACAAGUGGACUUUGUAUCAGAUAUGAAAAAUGUCUUGACUGCAUUUGAUUCUGUUAGUUUAACGGUUACUGAAUCUAAUCGAUAUACAUUGUUGGGAAAUUUGGAUCAAUUGGUGCGUGUUUCUGAAGAUAUUUCAACGGAGUUACAAAAAGAAAUAUCUACAUAUAGUGAUGACCAACUUGGUAAUGCUUGUAUCGCUACAUGUAUAAAUUCGUUCAGAUUAUCUAUAAAUGAAGCAUUGAAGACGUAUAUCUUAAAUUUUUCAGUAGAUGCUUCCACAAAGAAUACAGAAAUUCAAACAUUUUCAGUACUUGGUUUCAAAAAUCUACAAAGCGAACGUCCAAAUAUAUUGACUUUAAAUGAUGAAUUAAUCAAACCUGUUCAAAGAUUAGUUAAGCUGAAACAACUGUUUGAAUUAUUGAAAGAUGUAACACCGAUAAAUCAUCCAGAUUGUUUAGCAACUACGCAGAUGUUCAAUAACUUUGAUCAAUUAGCCUAUGAAGUGAAUGAAGUGAAACGAUGGAAAGAGAUUUGUGCCAGUGUUUCUGAAGAAACGCGAAAAUAUUCCCUAUUUCAAUUAGUUGACAAGAGCACUAAAAGAAUAAUAGCAAAGGCUGCACGUAGCUCAGGCUCAGAAGCUACUCGUAAAAUUCAACAAAGGUUUCUAACAGAACGAGAAGCCAUAAAUCAUAUUGAGAAAUCAUGUGCAUUACUACAGAGUGCUGUUGAGUCUCGAUGUAAAAAAACUCGGAGAUUUAUAUUGGCACAGAAAGACUUUAUCUCUUUAAUGAAAAAAGUAUUUUUACAACGAAGCACAAUUAAACUUCAUUCUGAUAUACCAACAAAUAAUUGUUCAUUAAAUGAAUUACCUAUCGAUCUAAUAACAAAUUGUGAAAUUGCAUUUGAUACAUUAAUUCAUUAUAUGAAUGAUAUAUAUUUGAGAAAACUGUCAUCUAGUGUAGUUAAUCGUUUAAGUGAAUUGAAAAAAUUAAUAAACCUUUCAAAGCGUCUUUUGGAUAAAUACGAUAAUACAGAAUUGAACAUUGUUUUAAUGGAAGCUUCAAUGAAAAACCAUAAAAAUGUUCAAGCUGUUGUUAAUAUGCAAUCACAAAGGGAAGACAAUAUACGAAAUCUGUCUACUUUACAGUUUGGACUACAAAAUAUUCUACCUUCAUUGGUAAAAAGUGCAAAUAAUAUUUUAUUAUCAGCUAGUCAAUACGCUUUUAUACUUCAAUCAAAUCUUAUGCAAGAAGCUGAAAAUUUAGUUCACAACUGUAUUAACGAUCAGACUGAAAAAGACAAUAUAUCUAUACAACCUGGAUGUAAUAUAUCUCCUGCAGAAUUUAUUAUUCGUGUAGAUAAAUUAAAAUCUCUUCUCUACGAAACAAAACAUUGUCGAACUCAUAGAACAUGUGAAGUACCUAGUGUAUUUAAAUGGGAAGAAGAAUCAACGUGUAGUGACAAGAACAAUUUACCUCAUCAGGAAUCUCCUGUGAUGUCAGUUAGCAGUCAUCUAUCAACCUCAGACAUAGAUAUUCAACCCUAUCAAACAGUUUCAACUGGAAAUGUUAUUAAAAAUUCCUUAUCGCCAUAUCCGGAUAUGAAAAUCAUUUAUCGUGAGUCUGUUUACCAACAGGAGAAAAAACCGUGCAGGAUUUCUUCAGGUGAUGACAUUAGAUAUAUAAAUGUGAAAGAACAACCUUCAACUUCAAAACUCUGUAUGAAUGAUGACUUGCCCGAUAAACCAACUCACAGAAUUACCCAUGACUUUUCGUCUAAAAAUAAAAGUGUUCUGAUAUUGCCCAAAGGUCAGUUAGUGACAAUCAUAAGAUCUUAUGGUCAAAAUGGUAAUACUAAUUGGAGUUUAGUCAAAUUUCAUCCAUAUGGGGAAAUUAAAUUUGUACCAACUAACUAUCUCGAAGCAAUAUGAAAUUCAUUUUUUGGUUUUAUUUAAAAUCGUUCAUUUGACAACGUCUUACUCUUUUUUACAAACUAGUAGUUUUUUGGUAUUAAACCAUAGUGAUUCUAAAUCUCAAACAAUACAUAUGUUUAAUAUUCCUUUUGUCGGAUGAAUGACUUCAGUUCGUUUACUUUGUUUACCUAAGUUAAUUAAUCAUAUUAAAAUGAACGAUUACUUUUGAAUAUUUUAAUUACAAUUGUCCUAUACAUAUGGGAUUAAACAGUAAAAUAUAGAGAAAAUUAUUCCAUCAACUGUUUUAACUUGUAUUCAUUGUAUAAAUAUAAAACAUUUAGUAAAUU